UCGGACACAACUGCAGCAACUUAGCAUGCACACACCAUUUACUGGAAACCAACUAUGUGCCAAUUAUGUAAGUACUUUACACACAUUAUCUCCAAUCCUCACAACAAUGCUAUAAGGUAGGAAUUAUUUUCUUGUUAUCAAGAAACUAUGACUUAGUAAAGUUAAGCAGUUCUCCAAAGCUUCACAGCUCUGUUUCUGUCCUAUUCCAGAGACUGGGUGCUUGCCACUUCACCAACAGCCUUCCCAGUCCAGAGGCUUCACUCCCAGGGCCAUUUUCUCUGACAUCAGGAUUAUUGUUCUUGACUAACUUCUAGAUUCUAUCUCUACUCUGAUCUCUUUCCCCAUUGUUUCUGUUUUUUUGUGUGUGUGUAAAAGUGGGACCCCCUCCUCCCAACCCCACCCUCUUCAACCAAAGGCUACUACAAAAUGGAGUAAACACUGGACUCCUUCCCUAUCUCCCCAACUCUGGUUAUCUGAUUUCCUAAUCCUUCCUUUCCCAAAGCCUCUUUCCAUCUUCUCACAGACAUGGCAGCAACCUACAGGAAAACAUUUUUCUAGAAAAGAAAUACUCAUGGGUGGUGCUGGAGGGAAGCAGCGCAGAACUGAAGGGAAGACUGGAGGAAUGGAGCAGAGGCCAAGUGUGAAGCCACAAAAAGAAUGAUCCCUAAGGGAGUUUUAUUUCUCUGUGGAAGCUCUUUCUAUAGAGUCCCUCGGUGAAAUCUAAGGAUCAGCUUCCCUCUGUGAACCGUCGCCAGGCCAAAGGGUCCUCCAUCUGAGAUGAGCUUCAAGUGGGCGGACCUCCUCGGCUUCCCCUAGAUUGGCUGGGAGAACUCACCAAUGGGGAGCUCUGGGAGGCGGACCUAGAACGCCACCAGCUAGAGGAAGACAAGCAAAUUUCAAGUUGGCUGCGGCGUGUUUUCCGCGUGGGGGAGGGGCAGCAGGUUUUUCCCAUUGGAUGUCUGAAUUCCCAGGCCCCCUCCAUCAUGGCCAGCCGGGGUGGGGGCCGGGGUUGUGGCCGGGGCCAGUUGACCUUCAACGUGGAGGCUGUGGGCAUUGGGAAGGGGGAUGCCUUGCCCCCACCCACCCUGCAGCCUUCUCCGCUCUUCCCUCCCUUGGAGUUCCGCCCAGUGCCUCUGCCCUCAGGAGAGGAAGGGGAAUAUGUCCUGGCCCUGAAGCAGGAGCUUCGAGGGGCCAUGCGGCAGCUCCCCUACUUCAUUCGGCCUGCUGUCCCCAAGAGAGAUGUGGAGCGUUACUCAGACAAAUAUCAGAUGUCAGGGCCGAUUGACAAUGCCAUCGAUUGGAACCCUGAUUGGCGACGUCUGCCCCGGGAGCUAAAGAUCCGAGUGCGGAAGCUACAGAAGGAACGGACCACAAUUAUACUCCCCAAGAGACCCCCUAAGACCACAGAAGAUAAGGAGGAAACAAUACAGAAGCUAGAGACUCUGGAGAAGAAGGAGGAAGAAGUGACUUCAGAGGAAGAUGAGGAGAAAGAAGAAGAAGAAGAGAAGGAAGAGGAAGAAGAAGAGGAAUAUGAUGAAGAAGAACAUGAAGAGGAAACUGAUUACAUCAUGUCAUAUUUUGACAAUGGGGAGGACUUUGGGGGUGACAGUGAUGACAAUAUGGAUGAGGCUAUAUACUGAAGACAGACUCUAAACAAUACCCUGGACCUUCAUAUCUUUCUUGAUUUAGGACACAGAGACUAACUGGCCCCUAUUAUUUGGUUUUGUGGACAAGCAAAUCCUUUGCUUAGAAUCCAGCUAACCUGUUUGGUCCCUGGAGACGGAAAUGGAGAGUGACAGUAGAUAGCUCUCUUUUCUGCACUUACCCUCCCUCUCUCCUGUGGUGUGGUAUCUCCUCUGAUAUCUUGGGAAAAAGGGCAAAGGACCAGUGUCUCAGUUGUAUGAAAGGAAAAAAGGAGGGUCAAAACGAGGACUGGAAUUGUUAGAGCUGAGGUAGCUGUACACAUGCCCCUACUAUUUUUUAUAGUUCUUUCUGGGUGUGAGCAGUUAGGAGGAAUAAGGGCAGUUUUACAGUUUCAAUAAAAUGUUUUUAUCUGUCUCUCUGUCCAGGGUGAGGCCUAGUUGGGAGAGGGCUGGAGGAAUGAAGGGGAUGCCUAGUAAACCUUUCUUCUCUCCUUACCUGUUGAGAGUCCAGUGUAACACAGUGGGCACUACAGCCUUCCUGUUCUUUGCCCCUUCCCUCCUACCCCCAUGGUGGGACACCUAGUCCCAACAUAGCUCUGCCAAGGAACAUUCGGAACUCAUCUGCAAGGCAACACGGAGUGAGCUGUAAACAGCCCAUGCCCUGAAGACCAGCUGGUUUCUGAGCUUCUGGUCCUCAGGCAAUGGGGACGUGAUUGUCUCUGUUCACAUGUGUUCAUGGGACACAGGCUCUCACAUUCCUGCACUUGACCUUGAUCUUGUCCUUGUUUACAAGGAAUGAUUACAGCUAUUUUUGUGGAGUCAAGAAAACCAGGUGUGGGGAGGGAGGAGGUGCUGAUUGUUCUUUAGCACACUCACUCAACCUCUUCCAGACCCUGGGAACCCCACUUUGAAGGGUGUGUUGUGAAGACGGAGCUUACUGAAUAUCUUAUUCUCCACUUGCAGAAGCUGCUGUGUGGCUGAGUUGCAGUUUCUCUUCUGUGGAAUUUAGUUAGCCUUUCUCUCACUCACUUGGUGUGGAGGGGGAUGGGGUAGGCAGUACUGCUUUACAGGAAGUAAGGAGGGUGCGGAGGAAGGGAGUGACUUAGGGACACUCAGCUCUAGGAGGUGCUUUUUCCGCCCACACAGUCCUCCGGUUGGGUGAGGUCACUUCCCUAGGCUCUGAUUGGCUUCUGAGGAAGCCUUAGAUGUACUGAUUGGUUCCAGCCACUUGACAUGCAACAGUCACGGGCGAGCUGCGUGUCCAGAAUAGGGACUGGAUAAGGAGACAGGCACAGAGCUGUGGAUGCUGUCAUAGCGACCUUACUAAACAUUUGAAAGCCAUAAAGAUGGGAGGCGGGAGAAACUUCAAGAAAGUCCCCAGCCAUAUUUAGGCAGGCAGAUUGAAUUCCCUGUGGCAUCAAGUGAUAGAGACUGGCAAUCUACUCUUAGAUAUUUUUGACCCCAUUGUAAAGAAGGAACAGGGGCUGUGACUCCAUUGAGGGAAAGCACCUUAAAAGCCAGGUUUGGGUGUGGUAGUAAGUGUUAGGUAGUAAGUGUGAUAGGAAGAAGCAGCCAUGAGAACAGAGAAGGAAACUGAAAUAGAACAUUCCAGAGUUAUUGAGCAAUUUGUGAUGAUUGGUGUGUUUCCUUUUCUAAUUCUCUGAGGUAUUGUGUGACUGUGUUGGAGGGAGGGGCAAAGGGACCUGUCUCAGGGGUUUUCCAUAGACAUACACAAUGAUUGUGGCUAGGAAGAAAUCAGCAAGAAACAAAAAUAAAAGACCCUGAAAAAAA